AUGUCGGAUUCACCGUCGGAUCAGCUAGAUGCUGAUUCAUCUGUGAGCACCUUUACUUCAGCUUUGUGGUUUAACGCUGCAUUGGCAGGUGGCUUUUUUGGCACCUUUCUCAUCGUACGUCGUCACCGUCCACAAGUGUAUCGACCUCGAACGUACCUUGUCGACGAAAAACGACAGCCACCCCUUUCAGAUAAUGGAGCGCUUUCAUGGAUAUACACAAUGUUACGCAUGACGGAUACGGAAGUGCUCCAAUCGAUUGGUCUAGACAGAUUUAUGGUGCUACGAUUCCUUCGAAUGGGCAUUGUCGUCUUUGGGCUCUUCACGUUUCUUGCUGUGCCUAUUUUGAUUCCAUUAAACGUCAUCAAUCAACUCGAUACCAAAGGUCUCAAUCUUCUCACUAUCGGUAAUGUUAAGGAUUUGAAUCGACUUUGGGCGCACUUGAUACUUGCAGUGAUUCUCAGUGCCGGGAUCAUCUAUUACACCUUCCGAGAAACUCGGGUGUUUCUUGUGUUACGUCGCCGUUUCCUUCUAAGUCCUGAUUACGCGAAAUCAGUCACUGCACGGACGUUGUAUGUGCCAUCGAUCCCCGAGGGUAGCAACAACAUUGAUGAGCUCACCAAGAUCUUCAAUCGUUUCCCUGGAGGUGUUCGACGUAUUUGGAUUGCAAGAGAUACAAAGGAUCUACCUGAUAUCGUUGCUGAACGUGAAAAGCAUGUCAAAGGGCUUGAAGGUGCUGUGACGAAUGCCAUUGCAGCCUCGUACAAGCAUCAUGCCAAGAAUAAAGGUGGCGACCAAAUUGAGAGUGGUGGUUCGUGGGUUAUUCCCGACAAGUUACGUCCACGACAUCGUGUGUCACCAUUGCCGAUCAGUGUGCCCUGCGUGGGACGCAAGGUGGACUCCCUCGAAUACUACCACAAGGAAAUCAGUGACCUCAAUGGCAAGAUCCUCGCUGCUCAACGCUCACCAGAGGCUUAUCCACAACUAAGCUCGGCAUUCAUCGAGUUCAACCAACAGAUCGCGGCUCACAUGGCGGCUCAAUGUGUCAUCCAUUCGCACGAACUCCAAAUGGCUCCUCGCUUCUUGCAGAUCGCUCCUUCAGAUAUCAUUUGGGACAAUAUGAAUAUCAAGUCGCUUGAACGUCUUAUUCGUCGCUUCAUCAGCUUGACCCUUACAUCUGCUAUUGUCAUCUUUUGGAUCAUUCCUGUGGGUUUCGUCCAAGCUGUCGCCAACAUCCAAUCAUUGACCGAAGUGCUGCCUUUCCUUGCCGUGUUGAAUAGCUUACCGCCCACAGCUGUUGGUAUCAUCCAAGGUAUCUUGCCUGCUGUUGCCUUGGCUAUCCUCGUUGCAUUGGUGCCUAUUAUCUUCAAAAUCUUUUCCACGCAAGAAGGUAUUCCCCAAAAGUCGAUGGUUGAUCUCGCAUUAUUGGACAAGUACUUCUUUUUCCUUUAUGUCGAUGUCAUGCUUAUUUCAACCAUUGUGGGUGGUGUCGUUCAAGCCAUUGGUGCCAUUGCUAAGAACCCCUUGAGUAUUAUCAACACGCUUGCUGAAUCCCUGCCAAAGGCCAGUACAUUCUUUAUCACCUAUGUGAUGCUUCAAGCACUUAAUUCAUCUGGACAAGCUAUGCUGCAAACGGUUCCCUUGGUGCUCUCUUAUGUGUUUCCAUUCCUCUCCAAAACACCACGAGACAUUUACACGCAACGCACCAAAUGCCCAACAACUUCACUUGGCACGCUUGUUCCCUCGCACACUAUCAUCUUCGUUUUGGGCAUCGAAUACUCGACCAUUGCACCUCUCAUCUUGCCAUUUGUCGCGUUGUUCUUUAUGUUGACCUACUUUGUGUACUUGUACCAAUUCCUCUUUGUGUAUGAGUUGGAGUACGAGACCGGUGGCCUCGCGUUUCCUCGUGCUCUUCGACACGUGUACAUUGGUCUUUUCACAUGGCAGCUGACAAUGAUUGGUCUCUUUGCUAUCAAGCAAGCGAUCCCACAGCUAGUUAUCAUGGUGGUGGUUCUUGUUGUAUCCGUGUUUGCUCUCAUGCUGUACGACCUAUCAUUCAACCCGCUGUUUGAAUUCCUUCCUAUUCAAGAAAACGAGCAUGAAAUCAAAGCAACCGUUACUAGCUCUUCUGGUGGCAGCACCAAUAGCAACGUUUUACCUGCUGCUCUCGAGGACAAGAAGCUCAUGUCGAAGCACGAUCAAAAUGGUGAUGGAAAAGUCCAGCACAUUAAUCAUCUCCAAGAUGAAGGCCAAAAGCAGGAUGAUCAUGGCGUGAUUGUGGAUCAAGAUGGGCUCCCCGUCGAUGCGUAUAUGGCCAGCGAUCAAUUGAGGAAGCGAGUCAAGUCAUCAGAGCAUGAAAGGAGUGGCAGUAGUAGCGAUCCUGAUUUUGCCAUGUCAACGGCACGUCUCGUUUACGGCAUUGAGACUUAUAUGAACCCCGCCCUAUACCAAGCACAGCCCACAGUCUGGUUACCUGAAGACGACCUUGGUAUCACGCAUCAACAAAUGGAUGAGCUUAGAAAAUCAAACAUCACAACGAGUGCGGAAGGUGCACGUGCUGAACAUGCAGGCAAACAUGGACAAAAGUCAAAGAUUGUCGUUGAUGAAGCCUUGUUUGAAAAUGGUGGUCAAGGAAUCCCUGGAGAGGCACCAACACCCAACCAAUUCAGCCGUGUCAAUGAAAACGUCCAAAACGCAGUACACAGUGCCAACAUUGUUGAUUCUUUUGCUAUGACAUCGUAA